UAGAAAAGUUAGACGGACAGAAUGGCGUCUGCAGGAACAGGUAAGAUGACAGUGAAUCCAGACAUCGCCAAAGAACGUCGGAAUGCAAGUUUCCACGUGGAAAAUCUUACCAACUUUAUCUACCACGGACCAGAAAGAGUUAGAAGGAGGCGCUAUAUGCAGAACAUAGCUCUCCAGGACCCUGUGAUAAAGGACAGUAAGCCCUGGGCCUUUAGGACACGAGAGGAGGAAUAUGAGCUAUCACUUCGUAAACAGCUCCACGUCCUCCAACGCCAGAAAGACCUUGGCAUAACAGACGAAUUUGACAAGUUCUACUACAAUGAAGCUACAGCUCCCAACGAGAACAACCCAGUUGGUCUACACUUCGGCAUGUUCAUACCAACCAUAGAGAAGCAUGGCACUGAGGAACAGAAGAAGAAGUUUGUACAGCCAGCAAAGGACCUCAAGAUCAUAGGAACAUAUGUUCAGACUGAACUAGGACACGGAACCUUUAUCAGAGGUCUGGAAACAACAGCCACAUUUGACCCCAAAACCCAGGAGUUUAUUGUGGACACGCCUACUCUUUCAGCAACCAAGUACUGGCCUGGAAAUUGUAAGUGGAUUUAUAGAACUUAUAGAAUUUUAAUAAUUUCUAGGUUAUCACUGUACCUUUUCAAGUGUGCGAUGAUGGUCCAGAAGGGACAAAGAUUACCUGACCUUGUGUCUUACCUUAGUAUGGACCUGUCUGCUAAGUCAUGUAUGACAUCUGAUGUUGCUCUUGGCUGCCUGGUCAAGGCAUAUCAGCACAGGGCUGCCAGACUGACCAAUGCCGCCACAGCAGCCGUUCAGAGACACAUGAACGAAGGUCAGAAAGUCACAGAUGCUUUCAAUAUGGCGUCCACUCAACUGACUUGGGCAGCAAGGGCACACUGCCACCA